AAGAACGGCAACAACGCUAGAGAAAACCGUUGUUAAUUAAUACCUAUUUAACAACAGUUGAACAGUUGCAAACUAUAUCCUAACCACAAAAAGCGGUGACAAGUGCUAGUUUCUCCCGCUUCUAUAAUGCUUAUCAUCGUACAGUUUAACGAAAUUAAAGUGAAUUCGUAGCGAAAAUGUGGGUGUUCGGGUACGGAUCGCUAAUGUGGAAAGUCGACUUUUCCUAUUCGGAAAAAGUGAUUGGAUACAUCAAGGGGUACCAACGCCGCUUCUACCAGUUUAGCACCGACCAUCGAGGCACCCCAGAGAACCCCGGCAGGGUGGUCACGUUAGUCCCUGCCUCAGAAGACUCGAGAGUAUAUGGCAUAGCCUAUAAGAUAAAAGACGCUGAUGUGGACUCAGUGAUCAAACACCUCGACUAUCGGGAAAAGGGGGGCUACGAGAGGAAAUUCGUAACAUUCCAUCCGAAAGAAGACUCGAUGGAACCGUUUGAGAUGACGAUUUAUUUAGCUUCUUUCGAUAAUCCCAACUAUGCAGGCCAUGCGGAAAUCGAGGAAAUCGCCCACCAAGUGGUGCAGUCCGUAGGCCCAAGUGGCCCCAAUAUUGAUUACGUUUGCAAUUUGGCCGAGAUUAUGAGGAAAGUGGUUCCUGAGGCCGAAGACGACCAUCUCUUUAAAUUGGAGGCCAACAUUCUCAAGCUGUUGCAACAGGAGGGCAGGAUUAAGGACAUUGCUCAACCACAGAACUGAUUGAUUGAUAAAUAGUGAAUAUAUUUUUGUUUAUUUCAGUUU